AUGCCUCGUGGAGGUCAUCGUGGUUGUUUAUUUGCUGUUAGUGGUCGCGCUGUUACGGCCUUUGGUCGUCGUCGUAAGCGUGGUUUAUAUCAUCACUGUACUAAUGAGAUUUUCCGCCCUUCUUGGGGUCCAUUACGUGAACCUCGUCUGUUGUCUGAUGUGAAAUUACCUAAUUGGUCAUCUGAUGCUUUAUCUGGGUCCGAGAAGUUGCCUCCCAAGCCUCAAUACAGUCGUGAUGCGAGGUUGUCCUGGCCUCAGGAGCGUAGAUUCAAGCGUCUUGAGAGUAUUAUACGUCAAUCGGAUUCCUGGCGUAGUGUUACGCAUCUGCAGGAAGCGUCUGCUAAUCCGUUUCCUCAUGUAAACGAGAGUGCUUCUCUUGUGCGCAAUUUGGGUUUAUCUGAUGUUCUACAUACUCGGAGUAACCAUCGUCUUGCUCGGCGUGCUCAUCCCAAAUGGUACGCUGCUCGUUAUCACAAGUUCAUGUACAAGAAGAGGUUACAAGAGAAAUUGUUACAAUUGAAAUUAGAAUCAGGUGCUUAG